AUGUUUUUCGUUGAAGAUUCGAUGUUCAAAAACCCAGGACUCCGAUUCCUGCGAUCGAUGUUUGAGGCUGGAAGAGAACGACUCAUGACCGGUGUAUUUAGAGAGAGGCUAGAUGUCAGAUCCAAAUCUGAGCAAUCAUCUAAGUCACCAACAAGUCCUUAUGACAAGGCAUCUUCAAGCAGCAAAGUGCAGGACAUCUUCAACCAAAAUGCAUCAUUCGACCCCUUUGAACGAGGAAUCAUAACCUUUGAAGCUGCUAGAGACUUGCUCGAUUGCUACAAGACCCGAAUGAUCCCAUACUUUCCUUUUGUACUCUUUCGAAAUGAUGUAUCGGUUGAGCAGUUGAACGCAGAGCGCCCCUUUGCUUGUCUAGCUGCACUCGCCGCAGCUUCACAUGCGGACGUCUCCACUCAAAAAGGACUUGGAUACUUAUUCAAACAAAUUGUUGCUGCCAAAAUGGUGGAAGGCGACUUCUGUCAACUUGAUCUGCUACAGGGACUCCUCAUCAAUCUUGCAUGGGCACACUAUCAAGCUAAACCAAAGAGAUACAUACAGCAUCUGCAUCUCGCUACAAGUAUCAUAAGUGACCUGCGUCUCGAUAAGCCUCGGAGGCCGAAGCUAUGGAGUGCCGAGGGCGGUAAAGAUAAGAACAAGCCAGAUUGGGGUCCCGAUGAGAUGAGAGCACUCGCAGGGGCGUAUUACCUAUCUUCAAGCUCGUCUAUUAUUCUUCAGAAAACACGCCAGUUCUUUUAUACACCAUACAUCACUGCUUGCUGCGAGCACCUCGCAUCUUGGAACGAGUACCCAACGGAUAAAUAUCUUCCAUACAUGAUUACAGUGCAAACUCUUAUCGAGGGAGUUGAAGAUCUCGUCAAUAACACCGUGUCUACUAACAAUGGUCUGCAUUUCUUCCCUGGAUGUCAGGAAAUUUCGCAAAAGUGCACCGAGAUCAAAGAAACACUUCCUUUUCCACUAAGUGAAAGCCCACCUCUGCUUCUCCAGAUCCACAUUUUAGAGCUAUUACUCAGCCAGCCAUCACCGAGAGGAACAUCGUUUGGUCUGGAUAAGUUCAACAACCAGUUCGAACACGAAAGCUCGCUCAUAGACUGGCUUUCAGCGAGAAUGUCAGCCGCUCGCUCUCUAAUCAGCGUGAUAUUAGUCAUGCCACAAGGCGAAGAGGUGUAUAUGUCGAACAUGGGCUGGAUCAUGAUGAACUGCGGUCUAAACCUUGCUGUUCGCCUUGAUCUUGUCGCUGCGAGGGGAAGUAUAUCUGGAUCUAUGCAACAUCUUCGUCGGUUCUUGGAUAUGCGACAUACACUUCGCCAAUUGGUCUUGCGGUUCGAAGCGACACCAGGUCAGGAUGCGCCAGUAGACCAUCCAUUCUAUGGUCUUGCGAAGCGAAUACGCCGGCUUGAAAAUUGGUACCUGUCACAGGCUGAACAUCAAACGCCGGAUUCAUCAGUUUCUAUAAGUCCUUCUGUCAACGAUCAACCGCUAUUGAGCGUCGGUACUGAUGCCAGUAGCCUGUCAGUUGGUGCAUCAAUGCCGUUCAUAGCCGGUCCUUGGCCAAUGAGCUCAGAUUGGUAUCAAAACCCUGACCUGGACAUCGGCACUUUUCUCUUUGCAGAUCCUGUUGAGUUUCCUAUUAACCUGGGAUAUGGAACUUAG